CAUUUCCGGGAAGUGCGUCACACAACAUUGCAAGCUAGCUCCGAUCGAUGUUAGUAAAUAAACGUGAAGGCUAAUCUGAAACCAAACAUCAGCAAUGUAUAUUCAAUAAUUCGGUGCAGAUCGAAGUUAUGGCGGCGUCGCUGUUGCAGCAUCACGUUCGUCUUUGCACGAAAUAUCCAGGAGGCUUAGCAUGGACGUGGUCAAGGCGAAACUGUCACAUAUUAGCCAACAGGGCGACUGUCAACAAUGAGCGCUUACGAAAGAUGUUAUAUGCAAUGUCCGAGAGGACUCUAACUGGACAACCUGAAAAACUAAUCAAAAGUAUUCUCUUCAAACCAUUGAGCCCCACGUUGGCGGGACUCAGCAGAAAAUUAGUGUGGAACAACCUUCUUGAAAACCCAGUGGGUUUAGUCCAUUUAUUAGGGGCAACGUGCUACUUCAGUACAUCUGAGUCGAAACAAACAACAGAUAAAAAGAAUGAACCAAAAGGGAAAAAGCCAGAGGAAGAUGAAGAGGAAAAGAAACGGCGCGAGCAGGAGGACCAGAUGUACCGAGAGCGUCUGCGGACCCUUUUUAUAAUAGCGCUCAUCAUGAGCCUACUAAACUCUAUCAACACUAGCGGCGGUAACAUCUCUUGGAAUGACUUUGUCAAUGAGAUGUUGGCGAAGGGAGAGGUGUCACGGGUGCAGGUGGUUCCUGAAAGCGACAUUGUGGAAAUCUACCUUCACCCCGGGGCAGUCAUCUUUGGCAGACCUAGGCUUGCGCUCAUGUAUAGAAUGCAAGUCGCCAACAUAGACAAAUUUGAGGAGAAGCUGAGGGCCGCUGAGGAGGAGCUGCAUAUUGACACAAAGGAUCGGAUACCUGUCUCCUACAAACGCACUGGAUUCUUUGGAAACGCUGUGUACGCUCUUGGCAUGGCGGCAAUCGGCGUGGCUAUUCUCUGGUACAUCUUUCGUCUGGCAGGCAUGGGUGGCAGAGAAGGAGGCUUCAGUGCAUUUAAUCAGCUCAAGAUGGCCAAAUUCACCAUCGUGGACGGCAAGUCGGGGAAAGGUGUGAGCUUCAAAGAUGUCGCAGGCAUGCACGAGGCAAAGAUGGAAGUGAAAGAAUUUGUUGACUACCUCAAAAAUCCCGAACGAUACCUCCUCCUGGGAGCCAAGGUACCAAAGGGAGCAUUGUUGCUAGGCCCCCCGGGCUGUGGAAAAACGCUGUUGGCAAAGGCCGUUGCCACAGAGGCGCAGGUCCCAUUCCUGGCAAUGGCUGGCUCAGAAUUUGUGGAGGUCAUUGGAGGUCUGGGUGCCGCCAGGGUGAGGAGCCUGUUCAAGGAGGCUCGUGGCCGGGCACCCUGCAUCGUCUACAUCGACGAGAUUGACGCCGUGGGAAAGAAGCGCUCGACCAACAUGUCCGGCUUCUCCAAUACGGAGGAGGAGCAGACCCUCAACCAGUUGCUGGUUGAGAUGGACGGAAUGGGAACAACUGACCAUGUGAUUGUCCUGGCCUCCACAAACAGAGCGGACAUCUUGGACAACGCUCUGAUGAGACCUGGCAGAUUGGACCGCCACAUCUUCAUCGAUCUUCCCACCUUGCAGGAACGGAUGGAAAUCUUUGAACAGCAUCUGAAGAUCCUGAAGCUUACUCAACCGGCCGGCUUCUACUCCUUGCGCCUGGCUGAGCUCACGCCUGGCUUUAGCGGUGCCGAUAUUGCCAACAUAUGUAACGAAGCUGCCCUGCAUGCUGCCAGAGAGGGACACAAAUCAAUCGACACGUUUAACUUUGAGUAUGCGGUGGAGAGAGUCAUUGCAGGAAGCGUGAAGAAGAGUAAGAUCCUCUCCAAAGAGGAACAGCGAGUGGUCGCCUUCCACGAAUCGGGGCACGCGCUGGUCGGGUGGCUGCUUGAGCACACGGAGGCCGUCAUGAAGGUGUCUAUUGCGCCUCGGACAAAUGCUGCCCUGGGAUUUGCCCAGAUCUUGCCUCGUGACCAGUACCUGUUCACCGAGGAGCAGCUUUUUGAGCGCAUGUGCAUGGCUCUAGGAGGACGGGCUGCGGAAGCCAUUACCUUUAAUAAGGUUACAACAGGAGCUCAGGACGACCUGCGCAAGGUGACCCGCGUGGCCUACUCAAUGGUGAAGCAGUACGGCAUGUGCACAAGUGUCGGCCAGGUGUCCUUCCCCGAAACGGAGGAGCAGGGUGCCAUCGGGCGCCGACCCUUCAGCCAAGGCCUCCAGCAGCAGAUGGACCUGGAAGCGAAGAUGUUGAUCGCCCGCGCCUACCGCCAUACAGAGAAGCUAAUACUGGACAACAGAGACAAGUUGACAUUGUUGGCCAACGCUCUGUUAGAGCGGGAGGUGGUGAACUAUGACGACAUUGAGGCUUUGCUGGGUCCGUCCCCCCACGGGCCAAAGAAGAUGAUUGCUCCGCAGAGCUGGGUGGAAGCUCAGAGGGACAAGCAAGACACGGGCGAGGACGAAACACCGCCACCCGCACACGGACGCAACCAAGGCGACAUGAAUCCCGAGAUGACUUGAAGUGGGCGCCAGACUUGCUGCUGCCUUGUUUUUUUUUUAAUCGUUGGGUGUGCACAAUUCUAGCAAAUGCAUCUGAGCUGCAGACUGGAAAUAAGCAAAAAUUCUGCAAAUAGUGUUUGGAUGCAAACUGAACUCAAGGUCAAAGAUCUCUCAAGUUUGGAGUCAGCAACUGUUAAAUCUUUCAGGUGAAAGAAAAGUUUUUGUAAGUUUGCUUGAAACCUUUCAGUGGAGUUUGUAACUCAUUUUGUGCGACACGCUAAAAUGCUUGUUCGGCCUUUUUGGACAA